UGCCAUGGACAGGACCAGUUGCCAGUGGAUUAAAAUUAUUAAUACAUUAACAGGACCUUCAAGAUGCCACACUUCCUUGUUCAAGAAGAUUCGGAGUGCAAGAAUAGAUUCCUUCGUUGCAGAGACCAACAAGUUAUUGAUUAGAUUAGAUAAAUUACUUAGAGACAUUCCCAGUGACCCUGUUAAACGGAAAGCCCAUGAGCGAAGUAUAGUGAUGUGGGCCGAAGAUAAGGAUGUUCCAUUGUGCCCGUUUUGUGCCAGGACUUUUAACUUAGCUCGGCGUCGUCAUCAUUGUAGGCUGUGCGGAGGCAUUAUGUGUGAUGAAUGCUCAGAAUUCUUGACAUUUGAUUAUGCAAAAAAACUUGUUAGUCCAGUUCACCAGGGGAAUGUGAAUCAAAUGACCACGGUAGCCACCAGCAGCAGCAGUAGCAGUGGCGGGCCUCUCAUGACCUCUUUCCUUGCCGGCAUUUCUGGUCUGCGUCGCUCCGGUUCACAAGGAUCCCUUAAUUCCCUCCUGUCGGUGAUGGACUCCAUGACCAGUGAGCAGCACUUCCGUGUCUGCCGGCACUGCAUGAUGAGACUACAAGCACGAGACAACCAAGUAGAACAACGGACGUCAAAGCCAACUUUAUCCCUCUACUAUGAAAAACUUAUGGAAUAUCGAGCACUAUUGGAGAGACUCCUACCCCAGUAUAUUCAGAUGGCAGAAUCAUUAAAUGCGGGAGAAACCACAUACAAUCUGCAAGAUGCUGAGGGCUGCAGUACGCCUCUGGGAUCAGGGCAGGAGCUCCUACAGAGAAGGAUAUUUUCAACAUCAUCUGGAUUCCUCAAAGCCCAUAUUCUAAGCCUUCCGAAACUACCCACCUUUCCAGGAGCUAAAGGAGACUCAGGAGGGGAGAAGGCCCUGGUGGGACAUUUGGGGGUAUUGGAAGCUAAGCAAGGUUGGCAGCUGAAAGGAAGCUAUGCGGCAGGCAGAGGAGGGGAGCAAGUGAGAUCCUGCGACGUAGGGACAAGGAGAGAAAAAGACUCACCAAGAAAAACCCCAAACCGGUCCAGCAGUAGUAACACCCCAAGCAGAUCAAGCAGCGGGACACCAGUGUCCUUCUCCACCAGUAGAAAAAAGCAGUCAGAUGAAGUUGUUGUUGACACAGGCUGGGGCCCAAAUCUCUCUCCUCCCUGUGUAACAGAGACUGAUGAUCCAAUGAUCCAGCAGAUGAACAAUCUUAGGAAUUAUAUAAGGCAGGCAAGGGAAGCAAAUCGAUAUGAUGCGGUAGCUACAUUAGAAGCCAACCUGAAGGAGCUUCAGGGAGAAUACAAAAAGCAGCAGCGUUUGAUGAAUCCAUAGAAAUUGCAGCUCUAGGCAUCUCUUUUAAUUAUACUGGUGCAAAAAAAAAGAACGCAAAAGCAGAGAGGGACGAAAAAUAGGGAAGAGAGGAAAGGAUGAGUAAAUGAAAUUAUUGAUCUUGUAAUAUAUGGUACAAUAUAUGGAUAUUAGAUACUGAGAUUGAAUGACCUGUACCAUUGUGCUCCUAUUCUCAGUGACAGGAACUGCAUUUAUAGACCAUGUUAGGAACAGGAAGGAUUUUUUAUAAACCUGGCAGAUAAUUGAUUUAAAUAAUUUUGAAACCUGAUCUGCAAAUGUGGAAUAAAUGGUUAGCAGCUUGUC